AUGGACCGCAUCUCCGACGCCAUCUGCGCCGAUCACCGGGAACUCAAAUCCUAUUAUGACAGGAUCGUCCAGGCGGAGGAUCCAGAUGAGCAAACCCGCUGGCAAAACAUGUUCACCUGGGAACUAGCCCGACAUGUGGUAGGCGAGGAGCUAGUGCUCUACCCGGCGCUAAAGAAGCACUUGAACGAAGAAGCAACCGAAGAUCGGCGGCAACAUCAAACAAUCAAAGAAGAAUUAGCCGUGUUUCAAAACCUCCCAUCCACCGAUCCCCGCUUCAUCCCCACCCUGGCAGUUCUCAUGGGGGAUCUGGCAGCACACGUGAAUCACGAAGGAGUGGAGUUGAGUAAUCUUGAAACCAGUAUUACCGCUGAUGAGAGUAAGCGUUUAGCGGCGUCUUUUGACCGUACAAAACACUUCGUUCCAACACGUGCGCAUCCUAGCGCGCCCGAUCGACCUCCUUAUCAGACAGCCGUCGGACUUAUCACGGCGCCACUCGAUUAUUUGCAGGAUCUGUUCCGCAAGUGGCCUGAAAGCCCUGAUGGUCCCAUGGAAUAG